AUGAAAGCCAGUGCUUUUCUAUACCUUCGCGGCCAAACACAUGAGGAAAGACUGCCGCCAAAGAAAAGGAUUAAAAACUUGUGCGAGAAAUUCCCGCUUGAUGUGACGCCCAAGGAUAUCCAGUAUUUCUUGUCCAAUAUAUUUGGUAUUUUCCAAGAUAUCGCUCAGUACAGUGGUGACAACAGGGACGAAGCACGACGUGCGGGACUCGGCGUACCUCGGACGUGUGAAAUUAUGAACAACGCGAGCGAACCAAGUAGAAUGAAGCGAAUCAAGGCUGUUAUGGAUUUUUAUAAGUCAUUUUUUGAAUCGGCAGAGACUUGCAAUGACAACAGCUAUUCGAGUUAUAUGGAGAUGAUGCGAAAUGUUACUUACGACCCACCCGACUACGAUAGAUCCUCAGCUCGUGGAUGGAUCUGGCAGUGCUGCACACAGCUCGGAUUCAUGCAGACAACUGAUGGUGGCAAAAGUGCUUUUGGCUCUGCCGUACCGCUCGAG